UUUAGCAUGGUUAGCUCAAAAUUUCCCUGUGAAGCACUAGUGUUUUUUCUGUGUUCCUUUGUGUUAAGUGAAUUAUUAAACAUUGUUUUGUUUUACCAUAUAUUUUCGUGUUGCUUCAGUUACAGUGAGCGAUGUAGGCGAAAUUAUUUCAGCUAAUUCUCAAGUUAACUUUAGCUGUUCAGAUAGUUAGAAUCCGCAGUCUUCACCGCACCAUCACCAUGACUCUGAUGAGAUGAACUCCUGCCGGUGGUAUCGUUCAAUUAAGAUAUUUCUCGUGUUGUGUGCACGUUUGGUAAGCGCAACCACAGAAUCAGGGGCCACGUCAAACGUCACUGCUAGCCCAACAAAUGGAGAGCCUGUGAGCUCAGCCACCCCUGCUCCUGGCGGUACAGAGGCCACCAGUGUUGGCAUCACUGGGACGGUCACCGUGAACGCCACACUGGACUACAACGCUACCACGGCGCUGAACGUGUCGGAAGCUCCCACUGCAACCACCGUGCCACCUGUGGUGACUCCAGGGGGUUGUCUCUGUGAUUUAAUCCCUGGUUUCUGUGACAUCGGCUGCUGUUGUGAUACAGUUGAUUGCGAUGUUGCUAACUUGAGUACUGUCUUCACCGGAUGUCCACAGAAAGCUGUAUCAGGAGUUUGCAUUGAGAAAUGGCUGAUGUUCAGAGCCAAUGUGAACUCAUCUCUCAUCACUGUGACCGAUUCUUUAUUUUGUGUCCGGUCUGAGGCAGACAGUGCUCCCCAGUCUCUCCCAGCUCUAUCACAGUAUCCAGCUUUGGGGGACUCGUACCACUUCUCACCACCAGCACCUACAAGCAUCAUCCACAGCAGAGAUUUUUACAGAGUUGAUGAUGUCAUCCAGACGUACUUCUCCAGCUUGUCUGUGCGGGGUCUCCUUAAUCAGCCGUGUCCAGGGGUAGCUGCUGCAUUCUGUAUCAACCGCAACCCCGCAAAAUUCUUGAGAUCUGUGUCUCUGUCUUGUACUCGCAUGUUGACUCCUCAGUCCUGUACCACAGACCCAAGUCUCAACGCCAGCAACUACUUCUAUGAUCUGAGCCUGAUCAAGACUCCAAAAGUCAAGACAGAACCCGUGUUAGACUUUCUGAUCCCAGUGACUCCAAUGUCUACCUGGCCUGCACCAAGCCAACAAAACAAAUCGUGUAUUAAUGUAGUGAAAAAGGUGGAGUUUGUAAUAGGAUACACAAACCGAGGAGAACUCACGUAUGCAACAGUAAAUGUAGUCUUAGCUGAUGUGGAUCCAAACCAGUUACUGCUGCAGACACACUCGGUGCAGUUCCAGCUCUCCACACACAGCCCCGCUCCAGGGGGAUUGAUGCCUGCAGACGGACUCAGAGCGGGAUCUCCCAUGAAUGGCCGCUUUACUGGCGAAAUGAUGACACUGACCACGCUGGGGGUUUCCCAGAGUGGAGAGUGUUCCUCUGACCCCAACCGACGAACGCACAUCCUCUUCCCAUACAACACCAUAACUGGCUGCACAUUCAGUUCCCCAUCUAGUGACUGUCCUGAGCUACGGUCCCAGAUUUACAAAAUAUUGCGUGGACUUGCUGCUCCUGAUGAGAUAGCCAUGAAUUCUGGCUCCCAACUGAACUGGACAAGAGUCAUUGCUCAGGAGUGUCCUGUCAGCCCAAAGGAAACAUGUGACUCAGGCUGCGUCCUCCCCAACUCUCUCUCGAUCCAAGUGCUGUGGGCUCGCCAGGGUCUCUUAGGUCUUUACCAGAACUACAUCCUGGGGGCCAAAUACCUUUUCCGGUGUCAAAAUCUCAAAUGUCCAAUUUCAUCCCCUCUGCGUGUAACAACUGAAGUGAUGUUUGUUGACACUACAGUUUACCCAGAACCCCCCAGGGGCUUGCCUCAGCCUAACUGGAAGUUUCCAUUUGGUUUCUUCACUAGAGGCAAAGAUGAGCUGGACGGGCACAUUAUUAACAGCAGUGCUACUGUGAAGGCCACCUGGAGUUCAGUGAUGUUCACAGUCAUUUUGCUAACAGGAAUUGAAAUCUUCACCAGGUAGUUGGAUACUGAAGUUAACAGAGGGCAGUCGGAGAAAUGCUGUUUUUAGGGCUACUUUAUAUGAAUGAAAUGAAUGUUCGUUUUAUUUUAUUGUUUU